CUCUUCCGAUGGCGGCCAUUUCAAAAUUUUGAAAUCGCCCUCCCAAUCCCAACCGAGAAGCGUCAGCCCUCGCCUCUCCUCCCCCGCCCGCCUCCUGCAGUCCCGCUCGCCUUCCCUCGUCCGCCGCUGAAUCCGUUCCGUCCCACCUCGCCGUCGCUCUCUCCGCCCUCGUAUACAGUGUUGGUUUGAAGAGGCGUCGUUCAUAAUACUGAAGCUAUGGAGGAUUCUGUACAAGUUGCAUGUGUAAUACCAAGUGCUGCAGAUGCUGCAUUUCAGAUUUACUCCUUGAAGCGAUCAGCAUAUGCUGCUGUGCUGAGAGCAUUCUGUGCUCAGUCAGACAUUCUCUCAAGGGACAAAGUAAGAUGUCUCACUGAACUGAGAAAUGAGCUUAAAAUAUUGCAGACUGAACAUGCAGAAUGUCUUGUGAAAGCCAGAUCAAAUAAGCAAAUCAAGUCUUUCAGUGUCGGCUUGCACUCCAAAGGAAACACUUGCAGUACUGAAGUUAUAAAGGAUUUUCUAGGUCUUGCAUGCGUCCUACCAGAUGCUGGAGAUACUGUGUUUCAGAUCCACUGCUUGGAGCGAUCAGCAUAUGCAUCAGUAUUAAGAGCUUUCUGUGCUGUGACAAACCACCUCUCAUUGUUACAGGUCAAGCUUCUAUCUCAACUAAAAAAUGAACUUAGAAUAUCGCAUAGUGAGCAUAAAGAAGUUCUUAUGAAGGUCAGUUUAAAUGAGCAUAUCAAGUCUUUGAGGAAAUUUAGUUUGGCAAAUCUGUCUGUUGUUACAAAGACCAAUCCAGCUUUUGAUGUGCAUGCUGUGCUUCAUGACAAGAUUGGCCCAACUGGUCAGGUUUGCACUUCAUCCACAAGCUGCCUCAGUUUGAUACAGCAAUCAUCAGUAUCAGAGAAUUCAAUGUCCUCCACAAGAGACAUUGGGAUAUCAGAUAGCUCUAAUGGAGCCGAAGGACCUUAUUUUGAAUCCCACACAGUGGUGUCUGCUAAAAGGUUGAAAACUGUAAAUGGGCAUGCACCAGCAUACUUAAAAUGUGGCCCUUCCAAUCAGUUACGAGUGGCAGUUUCUGCAGUGAUGGUGGAAAAGCACAGCCAACUGAAUGCUGGCCAAGGUCCUUUAAGUGUUGAUCAUACUAGUCAAGAAUCAGGGAAAAGGAAAACUGUAGUGCCAGAGAUGAGUGUAUCUGAGAGUCUGGAUGUUAUGGACAGAAAGUAUGAGAUUGAGUACCAGAAGCCCAAGAAUAAGGACUCAGAUUUGGAACAUGGUUCUGAAAUAAUUAAGCUCUGCCUAACUGCUAGCCUUCUAAGCAAGGUUGAACGAAUAUUUAAAGAAAAUCCAGAUUCAGCUAAUUUAGAGAAAGCAAAAUUGACACUCAAAGCCCAAGAAAAGGACCUUUUGGGUGCACUUGCUAAGCUUUCUGAAGUAUCAUAUGAUGUUGUUUAUUUCGGUGCUAACCAUAACCAUCGGUCGGUCAACCUCAAUGAGCACGGCGAUGGCAAGGGCGACGAGGCAGUGCUGCCAAAGCUUGUGAGUUCAAGCGACGAGACGUUGCCUGGGGCUAGGCUGGGAGACGGUGGAACAGAAAACAAGGUAAAGAUCCAGGGCAUUGCUUCCAUCAUUGUCCCCCUCAGCAGCGACCCCCACCAGUGGCACUGCCAGCCCAUCCCCGCUCCUCCUGGCCCCGCCACUGCUCGUGGCCGCGUCUUCCGCCCCUGGCCAGCUGAUGGCCGUGGGGCCGACCUCCACGCCCUCGGCGCUGUGCAAGAAAACCAAGUUCACGGCGGAGCAGACGGAGCAGAUGCUGGAGUUCGCGGAGCGCUUUGGGUGGUGCAUCCACAAGGCUGGUGCGGAAGCUGUCGAUGCCUUCUGCACCCAGAUCAGCGUCCCUCAGCGCGUCUUCAAGAAAUGGUUAAGCAACAACAGGUACCUCGCCAAGAUUCCACCCUCUGCUCUGCCGUCGCACCACCAAGGUCACCCGGCCACCACAGCGCAGGGACCGAUGACUGAAGAAGACAAGUCUCCUGAAGCUGAAGUUGCUGUAUCUGUUGAUGGCGGCAAGGAAGACGAGAAUGAAGUUUCUUCUGUAGUAGUAAUUCAACGAGGAAUGGGCCAUCGGGCCAGAAAGCCUAACAACCGGUACCGUUGGCCAGAAUGGAUUACUUAGCAAGUAGUUCCAGGCCCAGUACGUGUGCUCGGAAAGCUAGCUGGAGCUGAAAGAGAGGUGACCUGUCUCCACAUCAAUAUAGCUAUCUUAUUAUCUUAUCAUUCAGCGUUCUGUCUCAGUGUGUCACAAGCAAUAUAAGAAAGCAUUGUUUAUAUUAUUAUAAUUAUAGUAUGGUGACUCCCAUCCUUUGUCCUGUGCCAAACUCUCGUAAUGGGCUUGUGUGCCGCUACAAGAGUAGAUGACUGAUAUAUACCUCAUUAACAUAAUUGUCACUGACCAGCGGAUGCUGAUCAAGAUCAAGUGUAGUACAUCUCAG